AUGACACCCGCACCAAACACAACCGUCCCGAUCGAAGUCAUGGAGGCCAUCCGAGGCAAGAAGCAGCUCUACUGCCGGGCCGCCGACGCCAAAACCUGGGCCGAUUUUGAACGCGUCGCCCUGCCAGAAGCCACUAUGGUAUACAAGCUCGCCGACGGCACCAUCAUGACCAACGCACUCGAACACCAAGACAAAAGCAAGCCGUACAAGUUCGACAACCGCGACGAAAUGGUAACCUUUAUGAAAAGUACAUUCGAAUCUCUGCAGACAAUCCACAUGGUGGACAGCGGUUCGUUCGAGCGCAUCAGCGACGACGAGGUCAAGGCCGUGUUCGUCAUCAUGACCCAUGCCGGCCUAAUUACUGAGCCGAAGAAUGGCCACGCCACCGCUGGUGGCCAUUACCAUGAGGUCUACAAGAGGGUCGAUGGAGAGUGGUUCUUGAAGAGUCUGGAGUUUGUGGCCUUGUAUCACAGGCUUUAG